AUGCCAUUGAUUAAAGAAUGCACGGUACUUGUUAUUGGUGGCUCAUCUGGAAUUGGUUAUGGAGUUGUGGAGAAGUACCUCUUAGAGGGUGUAAAGGUCUAUAUAGCAUCUUCAAAUGCGUCUUGGGUGGGCAAGAGUGCGGUCGCUUUGAAACAAAAAUUUUCCAGUGCGGAAAUUACUGCACAUAUCUGUGAUCUUGCUGCUAAGCUAGUCCUGUGGUUUCUCAACGCCGGUCCGAAGUUGUCUCUCACGUUGAUAAUGGGAGCUGGUUCGGAAAAGUCUUUUCCUAAUUGGUUGUUGGUUGGAGGGUAUCUGACUGGUCUUUAUGGAAUCACGCGGAAUCUUGCUUUGGAUCUUAAGCCACUCCGGGUUAAUCUAGUUAGUUCAGGGGUGAUUGCUACGCCUUUCUGGGGAUCUGGAGGGGUGCCAGAUAAUGUGAAAGAUACUACCACCUUGGGCAAGGUUGGAAUGGUCGAAGAAGUCGCCGAAGUGUAUGUCUACCUGAUGAAGGACACGAACGCCACGGGAGUCUGUAUUAGCACUAACGCAGGAUCUCUUUUGCUGUAG